AUGGCUUACAGUGAGGCGGCAGCAGCAGCAGCAGCAGCGAUGGCUCACAGCUUCACUCAGGAGUAUUUCCAGAUCCCUGUGGUGACCCGAGCGUACACGACUGCCUGCGUCCUCACCACCGCCGCCGUGCAACUUGAGGUCAUCACUCCCUUCCAGCUUUACUUUAACCCAGAUCUCAUCAUCAGAAGAUACCAGAUAUGGCGCCUGAUAACCAGUUUCCUCUUCUUCGGCUCUCUUGGGUUCAGUUUUGUGUUCAACAUAAUCUUCCUUUAUCGAUACUGUCGGAUGCUGGAGGAAGGGAGUUUCCGGGGAAGGACGGCGGAUUUUGUUUUCAUGUUCCUGUUCGGGGGGAUCGUGAUGUCGCUGUUCGGCCUCUUCGCCAACAUCUUCUUCCUCGGCCAGGCCUUCAUCAUCAUGCUGGUGUACGUGUGGAGUAGAAGACAUCCGCUGAUCCGCAUGAACUUCUUCGGCCUGCUCAACUUCCAGGCGCCCUUCCUGCCCUGGGUGCUGAUGGGGUUCUCGCUGCUGCUCGGGAACUCCAUCGUGGUCGACCUGCUGGGUAUCAGCGUGGGCCACAUGUAUUACUUCCUGGAAGACGUGUUUCCAAACCUGCCUGGUGGGAGGAAGCUGCUGAUGACUCCAGAACUCCUACGGAUGAUGUUCGACCAGCCGGAGGAAGCGAACUACCGCCUCCUCCAGCAGGACGACGACGGUCAGCAGGACGACGAGCAGCAGAACUGACACCAGCAGAAACCAGCAGACAUGUACAGUAGAUAUAUGGAUCUGAUGCUGAAGGAACGUGGAGCUUAAUGGCACAAUCACACCAAGUAUUUAUCCACCGACAUGAAAAAACAGCAGCUCAGACACAACUGGACUCUUUAGUUUGUACAGGACAGAAACCUCAACCGAAGCUCACCUGAGUCUGUCUGAGUCGCCUGAUGCUGUAGUGAGAUCAGAAGGGUCUGGUUCUGAUCAUAAAACAACCUUUGAAGGCAGGAAAAGGAAACAAAGUGACUCAGUUUCUCACUGAUUUUGGUGCAAAACAACAAAAACUCCGGUUAGUGCUUCAGCAGUUCGAGGCGUCCUGCUUCCAGCCCACAUGUGAAAUGUUAAAAAACAAAAACCAGCGCUGAUCUUUCAGGUGUUUGUUAACCAUGUUGUGUUCUGUUUAUAUUUCAUUUAAAAAUAACAAUAAAGAUGAUCAACAUUUUAAUUUUCCGGCCUUUAUGAGACAAUACACAGGAACUUUCAUCUCAAAUCAUUACAGUUUUUAAAAAUAA